AUGGUUUUCUUAGAAAUCGUUCGUGUAUCACUCAGCUUGUCCAAGUUCUUCACUCUGUUGGUCAAUGUCUUGACAAAAACCUUCAUGCAGUCUGAUAUAAUUUACCUUGACUUUGCCAAAGCUUUUGAUUCUGUAGAUCAUCAAAUACUUCUAAGAAAACUCAAGUCAUAUGGCGUUCCAGGGCGUCUUCUCGACUGGUUUCGUGAUUAUUUAAGCGGACGUACCCAAAGAGUUGUUGUCGAAGGUGUCCCAUCAAGCUGGGUUCCUGUUAUCUCUGGCGUGCCACAAGGAAGUAUCUUGGGUCCGAUACUUUUUGCUGUCUUCAUAAACGAUCUUCCGGAAGUAAUAUCCAAUGGCUCUUCGGAAGCUAUGUAUGCUGAUGACACAAAGUUGUUUGGAAACAUCAACUCUACGAUAGUAGUAUAGUAGGUGGUUUUCGACCCGGAUUUUUGCGGUGGUGGAGGUGGUGGAGUGUGGAGGAGUGAGGAGGAGGAGUGAGGAGGAAUGAGGGUGCGUAAUGACGUCACUCAUUAACAUACGUCGUAAUUAUAUGCAAUGACGUCACGCGGGCGAGCUUAAACAAGGACGUGGGAAACUUGCUGACUACGCAUUUUUUAGCGUUCCCCCACGUGUGUGAUACAAUAGGCUUAUUAUUGGCUUGCUCUGAAUAGCUCGAGUCCCUCGCAUGGCAAAAUUGUUAUCGAAAUUAAUAUAUAGCAGUUAUAGCCGUAUCUUUGCUAGGAAUAGAUAAAUUUCCACGAGUAUAUUGAAGGACUUUUCGUAUAUUCCAUAUCGAGGAAACUAUUCGUCACAAGAAUCAAGACAUAUUUUAAACUAAACAGUUGCUAAUCCCGGGUUGUCAACGUCGUUGUUAAGGUCAAUAUUUGCAUGUUGUUCAACAUUAUUUAGCAAUCCUCCUACAUACAUAUAUACUGUUAAGAUGAUCAUAAGAAAGCUUAUCAAGAGUAGAAGUUAGAAUUAGAACAGUUGUAAUAUUUUUUGACACUAUCAUCUGUUAUUUGUAUCAAUAAACAUGUUUUAAGCUUUGCCAAUUUGCGUUGUUUAUGCGUUGCUAAGUCAUUAGGAGGUGUGUAGGUAAUUAAGGGGAUUAAGGCAAUACGAAUUUGCAUAACUAAGUGUAUCCCGAUGGAUAGAUAGGGAUUAUUUUUAACGCAGGUGUAUAUCUUAAAAUCAGGCGCAUAACAAAGUUAAUACUAAUACGAGUCGGACGUGUUUUUUUCGCUCCGCUAAAAUCUAUUUCAAAGAUGAAUGCUAAUAAAGACAAGGGAAUUAGCCUUCUACAUAAUAUAUCGCUCAAUGAUAAAGAUAAGCUGAAAUGGACAGGAACAUUUCAAGCGUUGCAAAUGUUUGUUGAAGAAGGGCUAAAUAUAUCUAAUGGCAUUUGGUCUUCCCCUGGUGGAGAUGCAAAGCAAUUUAAAGCUAAAGAUAUAGACUUGCGAUGGUAUUCCGACACCCAAUCUAUCACGCUUAAUGGAAAACUUAAGGAAGCAACCAAAGAGCAGUUGAUUUUGUUGGCUUCGGUGUCAAAACGACUUAGUGCCGUUGAAGAAAGCGAAGCAGGGAAUCAGGACAGCUAUAAUGAGAACGUUAGCUUCGAGCAAUCGAGCGAGUCGGAGAAAUCAAGCGAGUCGCAUUCGUUGGAAAAGUCGAGCGAGUUGCAUUCUAAAGAAAGCAAAGCAGGGAAUCAGGACAGCUAUAAUGAGAACGUUAGCUUCGAGCAGUCGAGCGAGGCGGAGAAAUCGAGCGAGUCGCAUUCUUUAGAAUAUCUAAAUAAUCAAUUAGAAGCACUAAAUAAAGCAGUAUCUACCAAUACAGCUGCUAUAAAGUCGCUCAUUGAAAACACGAAUGACAGUAAACAGCCAAAUUAUCAAGAAUUAGAAAACGAAAUUGCCAUACUAAAAGAAAAGAAUCGUAAACUUACGGAUAAGAAUGCGAAACUUAAAGUCGAGAACAGUGACUUGGAAGCGAGAAUUAACAACUUAACCUAUAUAUUAGCCGAUUUGCAAGGAAAGGCCAAGAGUGCCGAGCAAGAAAAAGAAAGUCUAAUUACUGCUAUGAGACUACUGGUCGAAGAUUCGAACAACGAACCCAACGCCACAAUUAAGAAUUACACUGAUGAAACGAGUAAACAAAGCGAGACACAGGAUUCAGUUGAUUGCGCUGGGCAAACAAAAGAAGUAUUGAAUCCGAACAUUCAAGUGAGUAAUAGAUUUUCCAACCUUAACACUGAGGAAAGUAAUGCAGAUGACGUGGAUGUUACGCAGAAUGGGAGACUCGAUGCUCAAGCACAUAAAUCCUACGCAGCUAAGGAGAAGUACAAGGAGCUUUAA